AUGUCCAAGAAAGAGCGGCAAGCGGCACGGUCUCCUUACGGUGUGCGUGCAGGGUUCUUCGGGCUAGACUUCGCUAAUGAUUUUUCGGCUGUUGGUGCGCUAUCACACAUACACCUAUCUGAGAUGAACGACGAGCGCUGGACUAAGUACCUGCCAGUGGGCGGACCCGAGCACCCACACUCGCAGGAGUUAACUGACGUUCUGAACGUGAGCCGUUUUGUUUCAUACCUUUACCAGCGAGCGUACGCUGCGCACGGUGAUGAAAUUUAUACUAGCCUGACUGUGCCCAGAUGGGAUAAAGGGAAGAGGGCUUCCAGGGCGGACCACAUCACCCUCACGCCACCACUCUUGGCGUUAAAACAGAGACCCAUAGACACAGUCAACAACAAGGUGCGUCGUGCAUUCCCAGUGAUUUUCCACACGUCAAAUCUUGAGUUGGGCCACACAAAGGUGACCAAAAUGGAGUAUGCUGCUGUAGGUGCACCGUGGUUGGUUCCGAUUGCUCACAACCGAAAGGCAAAACGUGAAAUCUGGAAGUAUUUGGCAUCCGCGCCGUUAUUUCUGUCAACGAACAAAACCAUCAUUCAGGAUUCCUACCACGCUAGAUGUGGUUUCCCAUUUGAAAGAACUAUUGAAAAGAUGAAAUAUCUUUGA